UUUGCCUUUUUCCAGAUGCUCAAAUUCUUACCUGAAAAAUUUGCUUUACUAGCUGGAAAGGAACUUAAUCUUCAGUACCUUGGAAAUAAUCUAAAAUUUCGUUAUCAAAAGUUCAUGUCCGGAGCGAUGCGUGACAUAAGACUUCAGUUUAUGUGUCCUACAAGUUCUCUACUAGGUUAUAUUGUUACUAAAAUGGAGGCGCGAUCAACAAUGCCCAUUUAUUCUAUGUUAAUUAGGAAUAUGAAUCUUCAUCCAGGCAGGUUUUUUUUAUUAUAUGACUAUAUUCUUGAAGUUGGUUUUGGUCGUGGCAAUGGUGUAGAUUUAAUAUUGGAGAGGAUCUUUCCUGGUAACGGACAAUAUUAUGGUAUUGAACUUUCUAAUUACAUGGCUGAUAUUACGUCAAGUGAAAUGUUGGACGAUACUACUCGUACCAAAGCAAUGUUUUCUCAGACUGGAAUGUUUAAUUUUUUGCCCUACAACACUGAUUUUUUUGACUCACUUUUCCAUAUUGAUGUUUUUUAUGCUUGGGACAACAAAUAUUUGAAAGAAAGCUGCGAUGAGUUUUAUCGUGUUUUAAAACCUGGUUGUCCUAUUUUUUGUGCUAUGGACAUGCAAAAGCUGCAUCGUUUGGCAAAGUAUCGUAUUUUAAGCAAAUUUGAUUAUGAUCCGCUGCGCUAUAUUGAAACACUUGAACAUUCUGGCUUUGGUUGCGUUAAGUUAGAUUAUAAAAGAAUUGACAAAAAUGGCAAUCCGAGUUCUACUACAGAUAGAAAAUCAAGAGAGAUUUUACUUAUUCAAGCAACAAAGCCUUCGAAGGAAAAAGAAGAAAUAUUACCAGAUAAAAUAUUGGAAGCUUUAGAAUCCGAAAUUAAAACUGAAUUAGAUGAAAAAAUUGCCAAAAGUAAUAUUUCUGGUCAAUCAAAAGACGUAUUAGAUCAGAGGAGAAAUUUAUUGUUAAAUUUAGACGAUGAAAUGCCUUCUUAA